UUGAGCUCUGUGCCUGUAAAACCCUCUGACCUGACUUGACCUUAUCUUCAAAACAAGUGGGUGGGGGGGAAACCACUCUCGUUGCUUCUCGAAUUUCCAGAAGAGGGCGCUCAACGUGUAUUUUGACGCUUUUCACACUUUCGCUUUCUAAUUUUAUUCUCAAAUUACCGCCGGUGUUUGUAAACCAACUUUAUGUGCAUGAAUGUAGUCGGAUUCUUUAAUAUUUUACAUAUUUUAUUACUUUGGCAGGUAGCCAGUACCUGUUUGGGUGCAUUAUCAUAUGGUGAAUUUGAGUUGGUGUUUUGCACCUGUUGCAGAUGUCAGCAAAUCAUGGAGUGACGUCAAAUGUUGACAACUCGGGUCAAGUAUUGAAUGUCGAGUUACACUGUCGCUCACUGUAACUUAGUCCCGUUGUGUAUGCAGUAUGGUUUCUUAGGUUCCGCCUCUUUAGGAUGAGCAGUUACGGAUCAUUAUCCCAAUCUUCAGGUGACGUACCUACAAUAUCCAAGAUGGUUGUCAACGCUUGAGGAGAAUGCUUGGCAGUGAGGAGGAGGAAGACAUUUUGUUUGAUAUGCAGACUGUUAGGGAAGAAGAUGCACUUCUAAGCAGUGAUGGCCGACCAGAGAAAAUCAGUGGCAAGGCUUGGGGUAGAGUCAAGAACAUCUUUACGAGAAAGUCUCAGUACCCAGCUAGCAUCUACUUCAUUCUUGGCACCGAGUUCUGUGAACGCUUCUGUUACUAUGGACUGAGAGCUAUUCUUGUGCUGUACCUCACCAACUGGCUCGGUUUCAGUCAGAACGAUGGUGUGGCACUGUUCCACGUGACCAGCAUGCUGGCAUAUUUCUCUCCUAUUCUCGGCGCCAUCAUUGCCGACGGUUACAUUGGCAGAUACAGAACCAUAAUGUAUCUGUCUAUAGUGUACUGCAUCGGCAAUGUCAUCCUGGCUCUGACAGCGUUACCACCAAAAGAAAAAAUUGGUCCGAUCAUUGGUCUGAUGGUGAUAGGUCUGGGGACUGGUGGAAUCAAGCCAUGUGUCUCGGCAUUCGGAGGAGAUCAGUUUCCAACAGAGAAGGAAAAGGAGAGGACUACAUUUUUCUCGGCGUUCUACUUCAUUAUAAAUCUCGGCAGCGUAUUGUCCACUUUCAUCACCCCUGUGCUGAGAGCUGAUGUACACUGUCUUGAAGAUACCUGCUAUCCUCUCGCAUUCGGGAUUCCUGGCGCUCUUAUGUUCAUAGCAGUCGUGAUAUUUGUAGCUGGUAAAAAGAUGUAUAAGGUGGUCCCACCUAAAGGCAAUAUUAUAGGAAAAGUUGUUAUGUGUAUAUGGUGUGGCAUGACAAGAAAGUUGUUCAGCUCUCGAGAACGUCGGGAUCACUGGUUGGAUCACGCCGAUGAUAAAUACGAACAAAACUUCAUUGAUGAUGUGAAAAUUCUUUGUCGGGUUCUCUUCCUAUUUUUCCCUCUGCCGGUCUUCUGGGCAUUGUUUGAUCAGCAGGGUUCAAGAUGGACACUGCAAGCAGAGCACAUGGACGGCAAUAUGGGUAGUCUAGGAAGAAUGAAACCCGAUCAGAUGCAGGUUUUAAAUCCGUUACUGAUUUUAUUUUUGAUUCCUGUCUUUGAACACAUUGUCUACCCACUACUAGACAGAUGUAAAAUUCCUCACAGACCGUUACAGAGAAUGACAGUUGGUAUGAUAAUCGGAGCUUUAUCAUUCAUCGUUGCGGGGAUGGUGCAGAUCAAAUUAGAUACUAACAAAGAGGCUGACUUGUCACAUACACAAAGUGGUGUGACGUUUAUUAACACAAUGAACUGUGAUACAUCUAUCAGGUCUUCCAUAUUAAACACAACACUGCUAUCUAAUCAGGCUUCCAACUACACAUACAUUGAAGCAGGGAAUUAUUCUGUCUCUUUUACAUGCAAAAUCUUAGAAAAGACGCAACAUACCAAAGUCUAUCUGGAGCCUCAGAAAUCCUACAGACUGGUUUUUAUGCAAACACGAAACUAUCAUCAUGUUCUUAAACAAUUUAUUGAUGACAGAUUUAAAUCAAAAAGUGGACUUGCAGUUAUUAGUUUUAUAAGUAAUUUGCCUUAUCGUAACAAAACUGUGAGCAUCAAAAUGGUCAAUUCGAGAUUUCCAGACAAGGAACCAAUUUUCAAGACAUUGGAGCGUUUCAAUGCUACGGAAUUCACUGAAGUGGAACCGGGCAGUUAUAAUUUUUAUAUUCCUGAAGAUCAAAAGGGCAACACAAGCUGGAUACAAUUGAAAGAAACCGUCACUCUCGGGACGGGAGCAGUUUACUCGUUAGUUAUUAUAAAACAGGACGACACAAGAUGGGUUGAUAAAAAGGUUGAUUUGAACGUGUAUGUGAGCGUGUAUAAAAACACAAUCUCCAUGUUUUACCUCGUUCCGCAAUAUGUCGUUAUCACAAUCGCUGAGAUCCUGUUUGCCAUCACGGGACUGUCGUUCGCCUACUCACAGGCUCCUAAAGGACUGAAAUCUGUUGUCCAAGCCGCCUGGCUCACCACCACCGCCGUUGGAGAUCUCAUUGUUGUCAUAGUAGCCGAGAGCGAGUUUCUUCCAUCUCAGAGUGCUGAAUUCUUUCUGUUUGCGGUACUGAUGCUGGUGGACACGAUAAUCUUUGCAUUCCUGGCAAAAUUCAGCUACGAGUACAUCACGCCACGGGUUACGAGCAGUGAUAACGACAUGAACAACCUCGUCGCAUCAGACAGCCUUAACGAGGAGACGCAGCUCAAGGCACAGCUCAAGACACAGAAAGAGAAAGAGAAAUAGCCAGGGGUUAGGCUGCACGCAGGGCAGGAACUUUUAACCGGGGGUAGGGGCAGGAGUUGGUUUCAGAUUGUGGUGUAUGUCAAACACUUGCCCUGAGACAGGACUUUAUUAAUAUUGGGAGGGAGGGGGCAGUUCGACUUGAUAAGAAAGAUAAAUAGGCAAGGUUAGGUGCAGAAAUUUUUAUCAGGUUUGUCUGGGAACCAACACGAUCACAGACCCAUUCAGUGACAAUACUUUGGGUAACAUCUGUUUAAUCUGGCACACUGUGUAUACCAGCUCAUUUCAUCAGGGUCCCUUGAAUCCAGUUUAGACAGAGUUCACUGUAUGUUUUAGAAAUGCUGUAAAUCGGGAAAUGUUAGCGAUCAUAAAAUGUUAGCAAAUUUAUCAAGGUCAAACAAGACACUAAUACUUCAUGAGGCUAAAUUUAAAGAGACGUAUAACAGACUGCUCCAAGUCAUUUCAUUUCAACUUAUUUUCGUGCUUAUUUCCAAUUAAUGUUCAAGCACACUGUCCUGGGCACACACCUCAUGUAUCUG